UUCCAGCUUCCCCUCUACCCUGUGCUUUCCUCCGCGCUUUAUUUCUUCCUUCACACAAAACCCGUUCGAUUGCUUCGAUCCGUGGCGUUUUUACUUCUGGAUUUCAAGCUUUACGAUCCAAUUUUCGGAUUUUUUCUUCAAAAAAUACAAAUUUUCGGGGCUUUCUGAAGCUGAUUUGAUCUGAUCACUUCCAAAUUUGCAAUACAAUCCAUUUUUUAAGUUUGGGAUUUUGAAGAUAGAAUUUGGGUUUUCUCUGCUGUGUUUGGUUACCGAGAAACCGCAGGAAAACGAUCGCUUUCCUUUUAUAAAUCGCAGCAUCUUAUACAUUCCUUUUCUGGUACUAAAUUGGGACUUUUGAUAAGCUAAAGAAUCAACACCACCUUCUUUUCAUUUGUUUUCGUCUCGGUCGAGUUGGGUUUUUCGUAAAAAAGUAGAACAUAUCGGAAAGUUUCGGCUUUUCCUUUCCAUCUUCCUCCGUUUUCUCAGCAAUCAAACGGAGGCGAGAAAGUUUAAUUUUUGAGCUGCGGGAAAUGUUGGGAAGUGGGUUGCAGUUCGGGAAUGUUCGUGGGGAGGACAGGUUUUACAUUCCUGUGAAAGCAAGGAAGAGAUACAACAAUCAGCAUAAGCAAGCUCGGAGAGCCAGCAAGAACGAUCCCAAUGAGAGCCCCAAAGAGCAUCAGAAUUCAUCGGAAAAGCCCUCUUUCGAGCGGGUUCUGACACCGACUAGUAAUCUGGAGAGGCUCUUGGAGUUCACUACUCCUUCUGUUCCUGCUCAAUAUUUCUCGAAGACGACAAUGAGGGGGCGGAGGACUUGUGAUGUUGAGUUUGAGCCUUACUUCACACUGAAUGAUCUAUGGGAAUCCUUCAGGGAGUGGAGUGCAUAUGGGGCAGGAGUACCAUUGGUCCUUAACAAUAGUGAUUCUGUUAUUCAAUACUAUGUUCCAUAUUUAUCUGGUAUCCAAUUAUAUGGGGAAUCUUCAGUGAAGUCAAAUGCAAAGUCAAGGCAGGUGGGUGAGGACAAUGAUGUCGACAACUAUUUAGAUUCGAGUAGUGAUGCAAGCAGUGAUUAUGAAUUUGAGAAACACAUAAAGGUUGCAAAGGAGCAGGGGAUUCUUCACCAUCUAAGCAGGGACAUAUCUACUAGAAUGGGCAGUUUGUCCAUACAUGGUGAACACCCUGUAUUACAAGAAGGCUUUUCUAGUGAUGAUGGAGAAGCUGGGAAUUCUCGAGGUGUCCUGCUUUUUGAGUUUCUUGAGCAGGAUGCUCCAUAUGGCCGUGAACCAUUGGCUGACAAGAUAUCAGGUCUUGCACACCAGUACCCUGGUUUAAAGACAUUAAGAAGCUGUGACUUACUGCCAGGAAGUUGGAUGUCAGUCGCUUGGUAUCCCAUAUAUCGAAUACCUACGGGUCCAACAUUGAAAGAUUUAGAUGCUUGCUUUUUGACAUAUCAUUCACUUUCAACACCCAUGACAGGUGGUGAAGGAGUGUUCUGGCUACUUGAGUUUGGCACUAUCUGCUUGCACAAAGGAAGGGGAGGGAGGGAGAAGGAGAUAGAGAGAAGUGGCGACGUGCACGAAGGGGAAGGAUUCUGGAUAAGUUUACAUCUUUCACCAUUAUGACGCCUACGAGGAUUUUGAUCAUAGAGAUUUAAUGGCGGGAGUUAGCUCUUCUAUGUUCAUUCAUUGGUUUAUGUUUAGCGACAACAAUAGAUCCUAAAACGAUAAUGUGAAACACUAUUAUAACUUUUCUUAGGCAAAUGAUUCAAUCUACCGUGUCGUUUCUUUUGUCUUGCCAGUUGAUGUCGUAAGAUUUUUUGUUUCUUGUUGUGUGCAGGUACUGUAAAUAGCCCGGCUCCAGUGAUGAUCUAUCCCAGUGAGAUGGAUGGUGUCCCAAGGAUUUCCUUACCUGUUUUUGGACUGGCAUCCUACAAGUUAAAAGGAUCCCUGUGGACACAAAGUGGAGUGACGGAGUGUCAACUGGCAAGUUCCCUGAUGCAGGCCGCAGACAGUUGGCUUAGCCGGCUCCAGGUCAAUCACCCCGAUUUCCAGUUCUUCGCUUCGCACGGCAUGCACUGCAGGUGAAAUCAAUCUUGUUUCGCUGAUGGAAGUAUCUUAGCUUCCACUCCACAAGUUACAAGCCUUGAAAUUAAGCUUCAUGGUUGAGGUAAAUGGAGGAUGCUGGAAUGUGACCUUUUGUUUCAAUAGCAAAAAACGGAAGAGAAAGUAGCAAGUUACAAAAUUAAGAUAGAAAAUAAGAAAAGAAAGAAGUGGGAACAGUGUCAAGCGGCUUGUAACUCAGUUGGUUAAGAACAUCCGUCCUUGCACCCGAGGUCCGUGUUCGAAUCCUCCUCCCAUAGUUUAUUGUAAAUUAUUCUAUCGUGUGUCAAAAAGUUGAAAACAGUGAAAUGAAAAAUGCAAGCCAUGGGAGGCGGGAGAAUAAGGUCAAAAAAGACUACUGAUGAAAAAACGUAAGCGGUGUAUGAGAGAACCCACUGUAGAAUAUUAUAUAGAGAUAUUAUCGGUUUGACGACUCUUUUAGAGUGUCAAUAAUAGCUUUAUAUAUUUAUAUUUAGUUAUUACAAA